AUGACCACAGCUGGAAAAAAAGAAAAUCUAAAACAAUUGCAAGAAAGGGGAAAAGCUACUAUUCCAACAAAUAAUGUUGAAUCUAGAAAUUAUUCAUUAUGGAAUUUUUGGGUCGCGUUAACUGUUCUUAAAAUAUUAUUGUUUCCCGGGUAUUAUAGUACGGAUUUCGAUGUCCAUCGUAACUGGAUGGCUAUUACGAAUAAAUUACCACUUACAGAAUGGUAUUUUGAAGCAACUAAUCAAUGGACUUUAGAUUAUCCCCCAUUUUUCGCAUAUUUCGAAUAUAUUUUAUCAAAAUUCGUUCCCAAAUAUGUAAUUGAUGAUGGAUGUUUGGAUAUUGUGGAGGUUGGUCAUUUUUCCUUUCCAACAAUUUUUUUCCAAAGGUCUACUGUUAUUAUUAGCGAAAUUUUAUUAUUUGUUGUUUUGCAAAUAUUUAUUAAUAAAAGCAAAAUAAAUGAAAGGGCUGCAAAUUUUAUUGUUGCUAGUAGCAUCGUUUUGUCACCAGGGUUUUUAAUUAUUGAUCAUAUACAUUUCCAAUAUAAUGGGUUUCUAUUUAGUAUACUAAUAGCCUCUAUCAUAAGUGCCAAAUUUGAACAUUACUUAACGUGUGCAUUUUUCUUUACCGUGGCACUAUGCUUUAAACAUAUUUAUUUGUAUUUGGCUCCAAGUUUUUUCGUAUUUUUACUAAGGGUUUACGUUUUAAACAUUCACAAAAAUUUUGAAUUUAAAUCAUACAAAAGUUUAUUUGGUCUGAUCAGGUGGUAUAAUCUGGUCAAGUUAAGCUUUGUGGUCCUCUCUGUUUUACUGGUAUGUUUUGCACCAUUUAUCGGAUCCUACAAACAACUAUUGGUAAGGUUAUUCCCAUUUAGUAGGGGAUUGACUCACUCCUAUUGGGCCCCUAAUUUCUGGGCUGUAUAUUCCUUUUUAGAUAAAGUUUUAGCCAUGAUUUUAAAAACUUCCCCUAAAAAGGAUAUUGGUGUUCCAAAUAUAAAUACUGGCACCAGGGGUUUGGUCCAAGAUGUUGAAUUCCUCGUGUUGCCUCAAAUUGAGCCCAAGAUAACGUUUAUUUUAACACUCUUUUAUCAAAUGAUAGCCACUUUCCCAGUUCUAUUUUGUCCUAAUUUCAAAAGGUUUCUGGGUUCUCUAACAUUAUGUGGAUAUGCUUCAUUUUUAUUUGGUUGGCAUGUCCAUGAAAAGGCGAUUCUAUUGGUAAUUAUACCGUUUAGUUUCUUGGUGAUUAGCGAUAGAAGACUAUUAACACCAUUUAGAUUAGUUACCAGUGCUAGUUACGUAUCUCUCUUCCCAUUAUUGUUUACUUCUCAAGAUUUCUUGUUAAAAAUUUUGUAUGUAAGCGUUUGGUGUUUGAUUUUCUUUUUCUCAUUAAGAGAUGUUACUAAAAUAAGUAGUAGUGUAGAAAGAAGGGUUUGGUUUUUCGAUAGAAUUGCAUUGGUCUAUAUUAUCGGUUUGUUAUUUAUGGUUUUAGCAUGUGGAUUUUUGGAUGCUUUUGUAGCUAACCAUCAAGAAAAUUAUAAAUUUCUGGCAAAAUAUGAAUUUUUAAGUCUAAUGAUUUAUAGUGUUUAUUGUUCAAUGGGUAUUAUCGGAAGUUGGUUGGGAUUGUCAUGGCUAUACAAUUUUGAUGAACCUUUAUGGGAAUAA